ACCGUGAGAUCAUGACCUGAGCUGAGAUCAAGAAUUGGACACUUAACUAAGCAGCCAGGUGCCCCUAAAACUACCUUUUCAUCUCAGUUUAAGUGAGGCCAUGGCAGACAUUAGUGGACAUGGUUACUUAAUAUUAAAGUUGCACUUCAUAGUUCUAGGCUAUUGUCACUUAGUAUCUAAUAUGUAAUACUUCUUUACACCCAGCUGCUGGCAGGAAUGCUGUUAUGCAUCCAGGGAGUGGUUUCCCUGGUGAACAGAGUGUGACUCUGAUGGAAGACUUGGACUCAUGGCCUCAGCUUCUCCAUUAACUGUGUGACUGGGGACAUCUCCUGCUUUCUGUUCUUUAUUAUUUUCCCAUCUCUGCUUUUGGAUGACCAUAUCUGCACAGCCGGCUUCAAACGGACGAGUGAGGAUUAUUGGAAGACAUUUUUGAGUGUCUCAGGAAAGUUACGGAAACCCAGAAAUCUUCCACUUCGGUUCCUCCUGCCUUUUUUGGGAGUGGAAAUAGUUGACCCUUAAGGACCCUAUCCUUUCUCACUGCUAUGGACAGUGCUAUCACCCUGUGGCAGUUCCUCCUUCAGCUCCUACAGGAGCCUCAGAACAAGCACAUGAUCAGCUGGACGUCUAAUGAUGGGGAGUUCAAGCUUUUGCAGGCAGAAGAGGUGGCUCGUCUCUGGGGGAUUCGUAAGAACAAGCCUAACAUGAAUUACGACAAACUCAGCCGAGCCCUCCGAUACUAUUAUGUAAAGAAUAUCAUUAAAAAAGUGAAUGGUCAGAAGUUUGUGUACAAGUUUGUCUCUUACCCAGAGAUCUUGAAAAUGGACCCAAUGACGGUGGGCAGGAUUGAGGGGGACGGGGAAGCCGGAGGCUGCGGCGAAGUCACCAGCAGCUGCAGAGAUGCGGAGAGCGGGGGCAGGGAGAGGCCGCCUCAGCCUGGCGCCAGGACCUCCAGCCGCAACGACUACAUACACUCCGGCUUGUACUCCUCCUUUACCCUCAACUCUUUGAACUCCUCCAACAAGAGGCUUUUCAAGCCGAUCAAGCUCGAGAACCCAGCCGAGAAGUUGGCAGAGAAGAAACCUCCUCAGGAGCCAACACCGUCCGUCAUCAAAUUCGUAACAACGCCUUCCAAGAAGCUACCAGUUGAACCCGUGGCUGCCGUGCUGUCGGCCGGCCCAAGCCUUUCUCCAUCCUCAGAAGAAACUCUCCAAGCGUUGGAGACUUUGGCUUCCCCCAAACUGCCUUCCCUGGAAGCCCCGACCUCCGCCUGCAGCAUAACGACCGCGUUUGCCACCCCGCCUGGUGCGUCCGCGCCGCCUCCUGUGCAGGAGCCUCCUGGGACGCCUUCGCCGCCGCUGAGCCCUAACCCUGACCUUGACACAGACAUCGACUCGGUGGCUUCUCAGCCCAUGGAACUUCCGGAGAACUUGUCGCUGGAGCCUAAAGACCAGGAUUCAGCUUUGCUGGAAAAGGACAAAACAAGGAAUUCCUCGAGAUCCAAGAAACCCAAAGGGUUAGAGCUGGCACCCAUCCUCGUGAUCACGGGCAGCGACCCGAGCCCGCUGGGAAUAUUGAGCCCGUCUCUCCCCACGGCUUCUCUCACGCCAGCGCUGUUCUCCCAGACGCCCAUCUUACUGACGCCGAGCCCCCUGCUCUCCAGUAUCCACUUCUGGAGCACUCUCAGCCCUGUUGCUCCCCUGAGUCCAGCCAGGCUGCAAGGUGCUAACACACUCUUCCAGUUUCCUUCUGUACUGAACAGUCAUGGACCGUUCACUGUGUCUGGCCUGGAUGGACCACCCACCCCUGGCCCAUUUUCCCCAGAUCUACAGAAAACAUAACCUAUGCACUUGUGGAAUGAGAGAACCAAGGAGUACAGACACAGAAAGACAUUCGACGUGAUUACAUUUGAAGUGAGCGAUUAAUAGUUCUACAAUGCUGAUAAUAGACUAUUGUGAUUUUUGCCAUUCCCCAUUGAAAUGCCUUUCUAAGAUUCCCUUUGACUAAGACUCAAGUUGGACUGUAUAUAAAAAUGCCUUAAUUGGAGUCCAAACUCCACCUCCCUCCCCCUUGCCCUCUCCCUCCCUAACUCCUCCUCUUCCUUCCCUCCCUCCCUCCCUCCCUCCCUCCCUCCUUCCUUACUUCCUUUCCUCCCUACCUCCUUCCCUCCCUCCUGAAUAUUUUGAGCUUUGUGUUUAAAGAAAUUUUUGGUGGGGUUUAGCAGUUAGCUAUGCUUUGUAGGAGCAGUUAAGAACAAAGUUAUUCCUUCUGCCUUAUCGGGACCCUUUGGCCAGGAAAACAUUUAUGCUUUGAGUAUAUUAGUUGAAGAAAUGUUAAAAGCAGUUGGCCAUAUCUUUAGGACUAAGUGUGUUCUGUUGAAAAACUAAAAGUGAGCUAUGUAUGAGCAGUGAAGGAAAAGGAUUCCUUCCUGUUCAUACCAAGUAAGAUUAGAGCAGUACUGUUGGGGAGAUUCUGUUUUGCUCUGAACUGUAACAUGUGUAAGCAGUCCACGGCAAGGUAUCUUAUUACCUGUAUCGGGGUGGGUCUCUUAGCCGUGUGUGUGAUCUUGUCUGAACCUGUGAACAGCAUGGAGCCUGGUCUGUUUCAGCAUAGGAAGAUUUUUAAACGUGGGGUUUACGACCACGUUUUGCAACAACCGGUGAGAAUAGGGGACCCCAUCUCUAGCACAGAAAUGUCUGCUCGCUGGUGGUAUAAUUACACACCCGUGAUAUGUACAGGAUGGUAAGUGAUGGCUUUUAGGAUGAACCUGGGUUGUGAAAUCUCGAGGCAUCUCUGAGUAAAACAUUCAGUUGAAUAACUUGAAACCACAUGUGGGGCUUUCUUUCCCAGUUAGAAGAUACUUUUUCUUUUCUGUUCACUGCAUAUUUUAUCUUUUAAAUUUCAGGUUGUUAGGGGUUGUGAUUGUUUUAAAGAUGUAAUUAGGAAGAUGAAAAGCAAAGCGAAGCCUCCAAGUCUAUAGUGAGGUAAAGAUGUUAUGUCUUUGACAAAAAGUUUUUUUAUUAGAGAGCAGCAGAAUUUGUUUGGAAAUGCUCAUGUACAGGGAUUGGAUUGUUCACAGUAGUAGCAAAAAACGUAGGCCUUCAUCUCUACAUUACCACAUUGAUAAAAUAUUAUCAUAUGGUACUCAGCCCCAGGUGGAGACAUAUUUGUGGAUAGUCCAAGCUGAAUUGAUAACCAACAUCACAGUGGAAUCUUUGGGAAAACUUGGCUUUUAAAGCCUAGGAUUAGAUUAUAUGCCACGACCAGCACUGCAACACUGCCCGUUAGGAACCUCAUCUUUUAACCCUAGAAGGAGUUCUGUAAUGGAGUCCCAAACCAAAUGGAAUGAGGGAGUAAGGUUUUGAGGGCUCCGAAUGACACUGAUAGGAACCAGCAUCUUCCAGAUGUAGAAUAUUCACUUUAAAUAUGUUUCUAUACAGUGUGGAGGAGCUACAGUGUGAGACAUGCAUGUUAGUUAGUAGUCAGGGAGGGACAACAUUCAGGGAGCCGUCUUCACAUCUGUCGUCUUGGGGACCCGUUCACUGGUUCGUCAGUGGCUAUGGGCUGAAAGGUGUGCUCCUGAGGUGCGCCACGGUUCUGGAGGCAAUGUUUGGUAGUGAUGGGGAGUGGACGGUGGACUUCUCUCCCACACGGAGUCGCUUCGUGGGCAUGCUUCUUUGGAAUCAGACCUCAGCAGCACUUUGGGAUAGUUUUAUUAGGUUUAUGAAUACUUUGUACAUUAAAUCUAAGUAUUGAUGGCUCGAUUUAACUAGAUAUUUUAAAUUUUGAAAGCACAAAAGUAUUUUAUCUUUUUGAAUUAAAGGAGAAAAGCCAUUGGUUGUUUUCAUAGACAAUAUCUUUGAUGACUAACUGUGUCAGCACAGGGGUGCCUGGGAACCAAGGGCACCAUUAAAACUCAGUCAAAGCAGCUUCCUGGGAACCAAUGUUUGUGAGGCCUCUUGUCUAUAAACCUACCCCGGAAGCCUCCGAGAGGUGCGGGCCUCAGGAGAUUGAUGAUCUGCUUUCUCUUUGAGAUCAACUGACAUGGAGAAGUGUGUGCAUGUGCGUGCGUGUGUGUGUGUGUGUGUGUGUGUGUGUGUGUGUGUGUGUAUUUCCUUUUUCAAAUGAAAGUUUACAACCUCAGCUCAAGUGUAUGAGGCAGACCAUUCUGUUAGUAAACUACCUCCUUCCUGGAAAACUCUCAGCUUCAUGUUUUUUUGAGCAUCCGGUGUUCUUAGCAUCCAAAGGUGACAUACCACUUAAGAUCCAUAUUCACUGGGGAGACUUCUGUUCGGUAUCUAGCUGGUAUCCAUCACAAGUCACUUUGCCAGGACGUUCGCUGGUGGGCAAAAGUAGCCUAAGCGAAGAUAAGGGAGCAGGUUGAAUGAGCUUUUGAGACAUCUGUGGUUAUCUUAGCUUUUCAUCUGCUCUGGCCCGUAUCUACUCAUUUGUAUGCUGGGAAAUGUUUAACAACCAGGCUUUCUGAAGGGGAAAAAACAAUCCUUCAAUUGUAGCAUUUGCUGAUUCCCAUGAUUAAAUUAUUUCCCCUGUGGCUGAUUUUAAGCUACUACCUUAGAGCUGAGAAGGGAUGAACACAGUUGGCUCAAAGCCACACACUGAGCCAGCAAAGCACCGCAUUUAUUCCAUCCUAGGGUGGAUUUUCACAUAAUUUCUAAAAGAAUUUUCUUCCUUGUUCAUAUGCUGAUUUCUUAAAACACAAAAUUAAAAUCACAUGGCUAGCUUCAGUAAUCUUUUUUUUAAUGGUUUGUCAGUGCCUUUGUGAGGUUACAUUCCUCAUGGCAUAUUUUGUGUGUUUUAACAAAGGUAGAAACUUCCAUUGAUUUUUAAAAAUACGUACAUGAUGGAAUAAUCCAGAAACCCUCAAAAAAAGUCAAUGUAAGCUAUAUAGGCAGAGAUUUUUUUUUUUCUUCAGAUUUUGAUGGGGAAACUAAGCCCAUGAGCCCAUGUGUGUGUGUAUAUACACACAUGUAUAUAUACCUGUAUACACACACAUACAUGUAUGCAUGUGUAUAUGUGUAUAUAAUGAAAAAGGGUCCUGGAUUUUUUUUUUUUUUAAACUGGAAGAAUUCUUCGAUGAUUUGCAUACUGUAUGAGAGAUCAAAACAGGCAUGACUGUUGAAUCCAAUCACCGGGCACAAUUUCUAGUUUUCUCCAUCCUGUGCGACUCAGACGUGGAGGGGAAAGUAAAUAAAUAAAUAAAGAGGUGUGGGAUUCUGUGGCUGUAACUGCAGGCUAUUGGUAACAUCACUCCAGUCCCAUUCAAACCUGUUGUGUGAGUUGUAGCCUCAUAACUUUGUUUCAUCCUGGUCUCAGAACAGGUGAUAGGAUUCUGAAUUUCUAAAGGCAGUUUUGUAUGUUUCUGGGAAAUUUAAGCGCUAGAAGCACUCAUUGCCAUUUCAGAAACGCAGUCUGCAGCCUUUUCGAGCACACCUUGAUCAGUAAAAGUUUUAAACACCAUAUUUCCUACUGCGAAAUCAUACGUGUAUAAGUGGAGUUGUAUGCCGCUGUAGGAAAGGCACAUGUACGUUCUGAGAUGUACAAAAAAUAGGAAUUAAGGAUGGUCUAAACGGUCAAUCUUGACUGCAAGUUGCACUGGUUUCUUCCCGCCCCAGUAGAUGGUCUCACGCACCUUCUGGCAGCACGUGCUUUACCUUAAAGACCACGGACUCGGGACACUGUUUCACUGCUUAAUCUUGAAAAUAAAACGUGGAUACUUUUGUUGUGA